AUGGCAGACGAUAUCGAGGCCCGGUCGGUCUCUGUCACGAUGGGCGAGGAGGAGUCGCGUUCCGUAGACGAGACUGUCGCAACCGAGACCACCACCGUCGAGCAGCCGACCAUCACCACAACGAGUGACCAGAUUAUGGUCGAGGCCACCAUUACCACCACUACCAUCGAGGCCGAUAACAACCUCAUCGAAAAUCACUCGAUGGAAAUGGUCGAUGAAUCCGCGCCCGUGGCGGGUGCUGCGACCGACGAGGUGCCGGAAGUUCCUACGGAAGAAGCGGCUGUCACCGAAAAUCUGGGUGGUGCAGACAACAACACCACCACUGCCGAGGCCGCCGACGCCGCCGCUGCUGCCGGACUCGACGACGAUGGCGAUGUCGAGAUGUCGGAUCACCACGAGUACUCGGACGACGGCAGCGAGUACGAGCCCGAAAAUGAUACGCCUCCGCCCGCGAAAAUUCCAAAGACGCCCAAGCAAAAGUCGCCUACAAACGUCAAGAAAACCCCCACUACCAAUCACAUUUCGACCGGCAACAACAAUAACAACAACAACAGCGGCAUCAUAGAUACGGCCUACGGUGGUGAAGCCUCCAACACUGCGACCCCCGAACACCUUCAGGACCCACAGACGCCGCAGGGCACGAGGAUUCCUAAGACGCCAGGUUCACGCGUGCGCUCGGGUAGGGUCGAGAAGUCGGGAGGAUCACCUGGCCCACAGGGCAACCUGCGCUGUCCAGUCAAGGGGUGUGGACAGACUUUCACCGGUCGGAACCCGAGACAGUCUCUCUGGCACCACCUUAAGUACUAUGCUACGCGCGGACUUCCUGACAGGGCCGAGUUCGAGAAGUCGCACGGCGAAGCUCAUGCUGAAAUGAAGCGCGACGCGGGAACCCCCGUUGAACGCAACAGAAUCUCGUCGUCCGACUACCGCAAGAAGAAUCCCGAGAAGGCGAAGACGUCGGCGCGUCUUUCGAACUUUAGAGCCCGUGCAAGGAAGAAGGGUCUCACUGAUGAGAGGGAGAUCGAGGAACACGUCCACAAGUGGGAGAAGGAGUGGCAGGAGAAGCAGGCCAAGGAAGCCAGCGAGUAUUUUUCGGGCAUUCUUCUCUCCGCCUUCGAGUAA